CAGCAGCAGCAGCAGCAGAGAUGUCGGCGAGCUCCGCGUUCAGCGAUGAGAAAACAGCCUCAUCCAGCGAGCCCGAGUACGGCCACGACCCGGCCAGCGGCGGCAUCUUCUCCUCCGACUAUAAGAGACAUGACGACCUGAAGGAGAUGCUGGACAGUAACAAAGACUCGCUGAAGCUGGAGGCCAUGAAACGGAUAGUAGCAAUGAUUGCCAGAGGAAAAAACGCAUCUGAUCUCUUCCCUGCGGUGGUGAAGAACGUGGUCUCUAAGAACAUCGAGGUGAAGAAAUUGGUGUAUGUGUAUCUCGUGCGGUACGCUGAAGAACAGCAGGAUCUCGCUUUGUUGUCCAUCUCAACUUUCCAAAGAGGAUUGAAGGAUCCUAACCAGUUGAUCCGUGCGAGUGCCCUGCGUGUUCUGUCCAGCAUCAGAGUGACCAUCAUUGUACCCAUCAUGAUGUUAGCUAUUAAAGAAGCAGCGUCUGACAUGUCUCCAUACGUCCGCAAGACCGCAGCUCAUGCCAUUCCCAAACUCCACAGUCUGGACCCAGAACAAAAAGAUCAGUUAAUCGAAGUUAUAGAGAAGCUGUUGGCAGAUAAAACCACACUGGUAGCAGGCAGUGUGGUGAUGGCGUUUGAGGAGGUAUGUCCGGACCGCAUUGAUCUGAUCCAUAAGAACUAUCGUAAGUUGUGUAACCUGCUGAUAGAUGUGGAGGAAUGGGGACAGGUGGUCAUCAUUAACAUGCUAACACGCUACGCCAGGACACAGUUUCUCAACCCCAACAUUAACGAGUCUCUGUUAGAGGAGAGUGGUGAGAAGUCGUUCUACGCAUCUGAUGAUGAGGAGGAUGAAGAUAAGAAGGUCGAGGCAUCUGUUCUAGCCAAGAGGAAGCCAUAUGUGAUGGACCCUGAUCACAGACUCCUGCUGAGAAAUACCAAACCACUGCUGCAGAGUCGCAACGCUGCUGUGGUGAUGGCAGUAGCUCAGCUUUACUUUCAUUUGGCUCCUAAGGCAGAGGUGGGCGUUAUUGCUAAGGCUUUGGUCAGGUUAAUGCGCAGCCACAGUGAAGUGCAGUAUGUCGUGCUUCAAAAUGUUGCCACGAUGAGCAUCAAGAGACGAGGAAUGUUUGAGCCGUAUCUGAAGAGUUUUUAUAUACGUUCUACGGACCCCACACAGAUCAAAAUACUGAAGCUGGAAGUUUUGACUAAUUUGGCUAAUGAGACGAACAUCUCCACCAUCCUGAGAGAAUUUCAGACGUAUAUUAAGAGUAUGGAUAAGGACUUCGUAGCGGCCAGCAUUCAGGCCAUUGGUCGCUGUGCCACAAACAUCGGUGAGGUCAGAGACACCUGUCUGAAUGGCCUUGUACAGCUGCUUUCCAACAGAGAUGAAUUAGUUGUAGCUGAAUCAGUGGUUGUGAUCAAGAAACUUCUGCAGAUGCAGCCUGAGCAGCACAGUGACAUCAUCAAACACAUGGCCAAACUCAUCGACAACAUCCAGGUACCGAUGGCCCGAGCAAGCAUUCUGUGGUUGAUCGGAGAGUACUGUGAACAUGUUCCCAAAAUUGCCCCGGAUGUGCUUAGAAAGAUGGCCAAAACCUUCAACAAUGAGGAGGACAUUGUCAAAUUGCAGAUUAUCAACCUGGCUGCCAAGCUGUACUUGACAAACUCCAAACAGAGUAAACUCUUAACACAGUACGUACUGAACCUUGCAAAAUAUGACCAAAACUAUGACAUCAGAGAUCGUGCCCGGUUUAUUCGCCAGCUCAUUGUGCCCACCGAUAAGAGUGGCGCACUCAACAAAUAUGCCAAGAAGCUUUUCCUUGCCCUCAAGCCUGCCCCCGUGCUGGAGUCUCCAUUUAAAGACAGAGAUCAUUUCCAGCUGGGGUCACUGUCUCAUCUGCUGAACGCUAAAGCCGCCGGAUACCAGGAGCUGCCCGACUGGCCUGAAUCGAUGCCUGACCCAUCCGUGCGCAACGUGGAGAUUCCAGAUUGGAGCAAAUGUACAAGCCGGAAAGAUCGUAAAGAAAAGAAAGUCGAGAAACCGUUCUACUCUGAUUCAGAGGGAGAAUCUGGGCCAACUGAAUCUGCAGACAGCGAAUCUAACUCGGUAAGUGGGUCGGAAAGUGAUAGCGGCAGUGAGGAAAGCGGUUCCGGGUCAGAGAGUGAAGAGAGUGGAGAAGACACCGAGUCAGAGGAGGAAGAGGACGAUGAGGAGGAAGAGAAGAAAAAAAAGAAGCGAGUUGAAAAACCCAAACCUAAGAAACCAGUGGAGGAGAGUGCAGAGAGUGAUCAGAGCAGCAGCACGGAGGACAUGAAACGGGUCAGAAAGUCAGAAAAGGACCGGAAGAGUGCCUCGGAGUCCGAGAAUGAAUCAGAGAGCAGCGAAUCAGAGGACGUGUCAGAGGAUACAUCAGAGGAGGAGUCAGAGUCUGACACUGGCAUCAGGAAGAAAAAGAUGCCCGCUUCAAAACAGCCUUCCAAACAACCUAAAAAAGAGAGUAAAAAAGAGACGCAGGAAAUGUCUUUGCUGGAUUUGGAUGACUUUAACCCAGGCGCAACAUCUGCUCCGGUGACUCCAGUUAACUUUCUGUCCAGUAGUCUGGUGUCUGAUCUGGAGGGUUUGUCACUGACGGACACAAUUCUGGCACCUACGACCAUGGCCCCAUCUGGUGUGGUGAAGAUGUAUGAACUCCUGCAUCGUAUAACAGGCGAGGGUCUUGCGGUCGAGUACUGUUUCAGUAGGCAGCCCUUCAGUCCAGACCCUAAUAUGGUUGCCGUCCAGAUCCAAUUCACCAACAACACCAACUCCGAGACCAAGAAUCUCCACAUCGAGGAGCCACGGCUGCAGUCUGGCAUUAGGAUCCAAGAGUUCCCUGAGAUUGAGGUUUUACCGGCAGGUGAAUCAGUUACCGUGGUGAUGGGAAUAGAUUUUUGUGAUUCCACACAAGCAGCAAACUUCCAACUCUGUACUCACACCCGUAAGUUCUUCGUUUCAAUCCAGCCACCUGUCGGGGAGUUAAUGAUGCCAGCGUUUCUUACAGAAAAUGACUUUAAGAAGGAGCAAGAGAGUCUAUUGAAUGGUAAACUGAUGGGGAUGAAUGAAAUCUCAGAGAAGUUGACCCUUGGAGAGAAAUGUGUGAAUGAACAUAUUAUAGUCGAGAGAGUCACGGCCACUGCGAACUUGAGCAGAGUACCAUGCGGUUCUGAUAACGAGUGCAGUACACCUCCUCCUCUUCCUUCCUCACCUGUUUACAGAUUCGCAGGUAAAACCGUCAGCAGUGGUAGUCUUGUGCUCGUCACCGUAGCUAAUAAGGAAGGGGGCGGAUCUCAGUUGACGGUGAACUGUGAGAAGAUGGUGAUUGGCACGAUGCUUGUUAAAGAUAUCCUGCAGGCACUGUCGCAGUGACGUCGCCCCCUAAAGUCAACGCCCAUGUACUGCUGCUUACCGCAUUUAUUUGCAGCUGUGUGUAGAUAUCUCCCCUAUGUAUGGACAACUUUGUAGCAUCACAAAUCUUAAUCAAGAAUGAAAGAAAUCACUGAAGGUAUAUCAGAACAGCUGCAGCCGCAUCAACCGAAAUAUUAAGGGCCCCAUGUCUGUUUAUUAAAUGUUGCAUGUGUAUCAAACACAGCUGAUCUCCUGUCAGUAAGAUCAGAAAUAUCUUUUAGUCAGGAUAGAUAUUAGUGUCACAUUACUGCUCAAAAAAAAUCCUUUGGCUGAAUUAUUGCGCAAACCUUUAUAAAACCACAAUCAGUUUAAACGGGAGCUCUGAAAUUGUGUUUUAGUCAUAUAUAUAUAUAUAUAUAUAUAUAUAUAUAUAUAUAUAUAUAUAUAUAUAUAUAUAUAUAUAUAUA